CCUGGGCCCUGGCACACUUGAGGCAGGGGCUUGGCGGCCGCCUCCACCAGGGGUGGGGAGCAGGGGAGCUCUUGUAUGCCUCUGAGUGAGGGGGCCGAGGCAGCAACACCCCACCCCAGCUGUGGCCUGAGCUGCAGGCUUUGUUAUUUCACUGGCUUGAGGCCUACACCUGGAGCAGUGGGUUCAGAGGACCCCUCAAGCCUGCCAGCUCUGCAGCCAAAUGGGGCUGGUUCAUGGGGUGGGGGAGAGAGCCACCUCACUCCUGCUUCAGUGUGGCUGCGGCCUGUGGCCGUGGCUGUGGCCUUGGUCGUGGCCUCUCCCCCCAGGCUAGAGCCAACCAGGCCUGGCCACAGCCUGAGCUCAGGGCCCAGACUUCUCCGGGCCCAGGCGCCAGUCCUGAAGCGAGGUGACAUUUCACUACAUCCUGACUGCGCUCACUUCCUCCACGUGGCGGGAGGUGUGGGGGUGGGGGUGAGGGCAGAUUAGAAGGAAAAUGUAGCAGGGCUGGGGGCCUCUGGGGGAGGCUGGGAUUUCCCAGGGGCUGAUCGGGGUGAGAGGGAGGAUGCGGGAAGCUUUCAAAGGAGAGAGCGGCUGUGAAUGAAGAGAAGGGAGGAGGCGGAGGCAGCUGGAAGUCCCAGAAGUGGCACCCAUUGGCCACAGCGACAGAGGGGAGACCGCUGCCACCUCCAAGGGCUGAGAGGCUGCUGGGAUAGGAGGUGGAGCCAUCGAAGCCCCCACCCACAGGCCGCAGGAGGCAGCGUUCACCAGAGGGCUCCACACCGGGAUCUAUGUUUAAGUUUUAACUCUCGCCUCCAAAGACCACGAUAAUUCCUUCCCCAAAGCCCAGCAGCCCCCCAGCCCCGCGCAGCCCCAGCCUGCCUCCCGGCGCCCAGCUGCCCGCCAUGCCCUCCAGCGGCCCUGGGGACACCAGCAGCUCUGCUGCGGAGCGGGAGGAGGACCGAAAGGAUGGAGAGGAGCAGGAGGAGCCUCGUGGCAAGGAGGAGCGCCAAGAGCCCAGCACCACGGCCCGGAAGGUGGGGCGGCCUGGGAGGAAGCGCAAGCACCCCCCGGUGGAAAGUAGUGACACGCCAAAGGACACUGCGGUAGCCUCCAAGUCCCCAUCCAUGGCCCAGGACUCAGGCCCCUCAGAGCUGUUACCCAACGGGGACUUGGAGAAGCGAAGUGAGCCCCAGCCAGAGGAGGGGAGCCCUGCUGGGGGGCAGAAGGGCGGGUCCCCAGCAGAGGGAGAGGGUGCAGCUGAGACCCCGCCGGAAGCCUCUAGAGCAGUGGAGAAUGGCUGCUGCACCCCCAAGGAGGGCCGAGGAGCCGCUGCAGAAGAGGGCAAAGAACAGAAGGAGACCAACAUCGAAACCAUGAAAAUGGAGGGCUCCCGGGGCCGGCUGCGGGGUGGCUUGGGCUGGGAGUCCAGCCUCCGUCAGCGGCCCAUGCCACGGCUCACCUUCCAGGCGGGGGAUCCGUACUACAUCAGCAAGCGUAAGCGGGACGAGUGGCUGGCACGCUGGAAAAGGGAGGCUGAGAAGAAAGCCAAGGUUAUUGCAGUAAUGAAUGCUGUGGAAGAAAACCAGGGUUCCGGGGAGUCUCAGAAGGUGGAGGAGGCCAGCCCUCCUGCUGUGCAGCAGCCCACUGACCCCGCAUCCCCCACUGUGGCCACCACACCAGAGCCCGUGGGGGCCGAUGCUGGGGACAAGAAUGCCACCAAAGCAGGCGAUGAUGAGCCGGAGUACGAGGACGGCCGGGGCUUUGGCAUUGGGGAGCUGGUGUGGGGGAAACUGCGGGGCUUCUCCUGGUGGCCAGGCCGCAUUGUGUCUUGGUGGAUGACGGGCCGGAGCCGAGCAGCUGAAGGCACCCGCUGGGUCAUGUGGUUCGGAGACGGCAAGUUCUCAGUGGUGUGUGUUGAGAAGCUGAUGCCGCUGAGCUCGUUUUGCAGUGCGUUCCACCAGGCCACGUACAACAAGCAGCCCAUGUAUCGCAAAGCAAUCUAUGAGGUCCUGCAGGUGGCCAGCAGCCGUGCGGGGAAGCUGUUCCCAGUGUGCCACGACAGCGACGAGAGUGACACUGCCAAGGCCGUGGAGGUGCAGAACAAGCAGAUGAUUGAAUGGGCCCUGGGGGGCUUCCAGCCCUCUGGUCCCAAGGGCCUGGAGCCACCAGAAGAGGAGAAGAAUCCCUACAAAGAAGUGUACACGGACAUGUGGGUGGAACCUGAGGCAGCUGCCUACGCACCACCUCCACCAGCCAAAAAGCCCCGGAAGAGCACAACGGAGAAGCCCAAGGUCAAGGAGAUCAUCGAUGAGCGCACAAGAGAGCGGCUGGUGUACGAGGUGCGGCAGAAGUGCCGGAACAUUGAGGACAUCUGCAUCUCCUGUGGGAGUCUCAACGUUACCCUGGAACACCCCCUCUUCAUUGGAGGAAUGUGCCAAAACUGCAAGAACUGCUUUCUAGAGUGUGCAUACCAGUAUGACGACGACGGCUAUCAGUCCUACUGCACCAUCUGCUGCGGGGGCCGAGAGGUGCUCAUGUGUGGGAACAACAAUUGCUGCAGGUGCUUUUGCGUGGAAUGUGUGGACCUCUUGGUGGGGCCGGGGGCUGCCCAGGCAGCCAUUAAGGAAGACCCCUGGAACUGCUACAUGUGUGGGCACAAGGGCACCUACGGGCUGCUCCGGCGGCGAGACGACUGGCCCUCCCGGCUCCAGAUGUUCUUCGCUAAUAACCACGACCAGGAAUUUGACCCUCCAAAGGUUUACCCACCUGUCCCAGCUGAGAAGAGGAAGCCCAUCCGGGUGCUGUCUCUCUUUGACGGAAUUGCUACAGGGCUCCUGGUGCUGAAGGACUUGGGCAUUCAGGUGGACCGCUACAUUGCCUCGGAGGUGUGUGAGGACUCCAUCACGGUGGGCAUGGUGCGGCACCAGGGGAAGAUCAUGUACGUCGGGGACGUCCGCAGCGUCACACAGAAGCAUAUCCAGGAGUGGGGCCCAUUCGAUCUUGUGAUUGGGGGCAGUCCCUGCAAUGACCUCUCCAUUGUCAACCCUGCUCGCAAGGGCCUCUACGAGGGCACUGGCCGGCUCUUCUUUGAGUUCUACCGCCUCCUGCAUGAUGCGCGGCCCAAGGAGGGAGAUGACCGCCCCUUCUUCUGGCUCUUUGAGAAUGUGGUGGCCAUGGGCGUUAGUGACAAGAGGGACAUCUCGCGAUUUCUCGAGUCCAACCCUGUGAUGAUUGAUGCCAAAGAAGUGUCAGCUGCACACAGGGCCCGCUACUUCUGGGGUAACCUUCCCGGUAUGAACAGGCCGUUGGCAUCCACUGUGAAUGAUAAGCUGGAGCUGCAGGAGUGUCUGGAGCAUGGAAGGAUAGCCAAGUUCAGCAAAGUGAGGACCAUUACUACGAGGUCAAACUCCAUAAAGCAAGGCAAAGACCAGCAUUUCCCCGUCUUCAUGAAUGAGAAAGAGGACAUCCUAUGGUGCACUGAAAUGGAAAGGGUAUUUGGUUUCCCUGUCCACUAUACUGACGUCUCCAACAUGAGCCGCUUGGCAAGGCAGAGACUGCUGGGCCGGUCGUGGAGCGUGCCAGUCAUCCGCCACCUCUUCGCUCCGCUGAAGGAGUAUUUUGCGUGUGUGUAAGGGACAUGGGGGCAAACUGAGGUAGCGACAUAAAGCUAAACAAACAAAAAAAACACAAAACAUAAUAAAACACCAAGAACGUGAGGAUGGAGAGAAGUAUCAGCACCCAGAAGAGAAAAAGGAAUUUAAAACAAAAACCACAGAGGCGGAAAUACCGGAGGGCUUUGCCUUGCGAAAAGGGUUGGACAUCAUCUCCUGAUUUUUCAAUGUUAUUCUUCAGUCCUAUUUAAAAACAAAACCAAGCUCCCUGCCCUUCCUCCCCCUCCCGCUCCUUUUUUUUUUUUUCCAGUCAGACCUUUUGUUUUCUACUCUUUUCAGAGGGGUUUUCUGUUUGUUUGGGUUUUGUUUCUUGCUGUGACUGAAACAAGGUUAUUUCAGCAAAAACCAGUAACAAAAAAUAGUAACAAUACCUUGCAGAGGAAAGGUGGGAGAGAGGAAAAAAGGAAAUUCUAUAGAAAUCUAUAUAUUGGGUUUUUUUUUUGUUUUUUUUUUGUUUGUUUGUUUGUUUUUUUACUAUAUAUCUUUUUUUGUCUCUAGCCUGAUCAGAUAGGAGCACAAGCAGGGGACGGACAGAGAGAGACACUCAGGCGGCCGCAUUCCCUCCCAGCCACUGAGCUGUCGUGCCCGCACCAUUCCUGGUCACGCAAAACAGAACCCAGUUAGCAGCAGGGAGACGAGAACACCACACAAGACACUUUUCUACAGUAUUUCAGGUGCCUACCACACAGGAAACCUUGAAGAAAAUCAGUUUCUAGAAGCCGCUGUUACCUCUUGUUUACAGUUUAUAUAUAUAUGAUAGAUAUGAGAUAUAUAUAUAAAAGGUACUGUUAACUACUGUACAACCCGACUUCACAAUGGUGCUUUCAAACAGCGAGAUGAGUAAAAACAUCAGCUUCCACGUGGCCUUCUGCGCAAAGGGUUUCACCAAGGAUGGAGGAAGGGAGACAGCUCGCAGAUGGCGCAUUCUCACGGUGGGCUCUUCCCCUUGGUUUGCCACAGAGUGAAGGAGGAGAACCUGGGAGCCGUGUUCUCCCGUUUCUCCCUGCCAAAAAGGGGGUUAGAUGAGGUGGUCGGGACCGUGGACAGCUGAGAGUGGGAUUCAUCCAGACUCAUGCAAUAACCUUUUGAUUUUUUUCUAAAAGGAGACUCCCUCGGCAACCUGGCAGGGUACGGAGUCUUCAGGCCCAAUUUCUCACUUUAGCCGAUUCGAGGGCUCCUUGUGGUGGGAUCAGAACUAAUCCAGAGUGUGGGAAAGUGACAGUCAAAACCCCACCUGGAGCAAAUAAAAAAACAUACAAAACGUACUGGUGCUUUCCUGUCUAAGUCGCCUUUUGUGUGUUCUUUUAUGAGGCCCCCACCAUCCACCCCUCUGUGCACAAGGCGGCUCCUGGCCCCUGGAAUGUGAUGUUUUUGGUCAUCUCCAAAGGCUGCAGUUUUAUACUGGGAGGCUGAUGACACCUUUUAUUAUAAUUAUUCUUAUGGUUCUGGUUAUAAUUAUGUUUGUUUUGAGAUUUUCUUUAAGAAAACAAAAACCCAACACCCUUCCCUUUAGGUUUCAAACCAAGGUGCGGGAGCAGGGUGCUUCUGAGUUAGCGGUGGCUCUGGUGCCCUGGCUCCCACCCCUCGGGCCAGGUGGGCCACUGGGCAUGGUGACAGCUGGGCGGCCAGGGAGUCCCUGAGGUCUGCCUUCCGGGCUCGUCACUCUUCUCUUCUACUUCCCCUCCUCUUGAGUCGGGUGUGUCAGGGCUGGAGGGAGGACCGGCCGUCUCUCUCCUUGUGUGUGUGGUUGGAGUGGUGUGUGUUUCUUUUCUAGUACUCGGUCUGAUGAUAGCUGUGCCCUUACCUCGAGUCAGCAGCACUUGGAGCCCCCAGUGCUCGGCACUUGGUUCCGCCUCCUACAAGGCAGGCGGCCUGGCGUCAGCAGUAGGAAGGGACAGUGUUGUUGGCUCCAGGGUGAGGGCCCGACGGGCAGGUGCUUGCCUGGGUAGAUGGGGUGUAGAUAUGUGGCAUAUAGAGAUAUAUAUUUUAUAAUGGGAGGGGGGAUGGCACCUCCUGGGACUGGCAGAGCUGGGAGGUGUGUCGGCAAGCACAUGGCCCCAAGUCCACGUCCCUAGAAAGAUGGGGCCUACGGUGAUAGGCGCUCUAUAAAUACAUAGAUAGGGUCAUGUAUAAGAAUUAUUAUGGGGUGGGGAGUGGGGGAAGCGGGCUCAGUGUGCUGAGCCUCGGUCCCCACUGCAGACAUAAACCCCACACCAAUCAAUCUCGCACGCAUACACAGGAGCUUAUUUCUGUACUGAUGCAUAACGAAUGCACUCUCACACACGCCAGGGAGCCCCCAGCACUCUUCUCCCAGGGUUCAGGACUUUGUGGAGUCAGCCCGUGCAGCUAUUUACCUCUGUUGCCCUGAUUGCAGGUAGACUGUCAAUCCCAGAAGUUGCUAGGUGCUGAAGGCAGGAAAAGGAGGAGGUUUUAUUUCAGCAGGUGCUCUCCUCUAGCAGGUAGUGUUCUAUCUCUUUUGCCCCUGGUGAUGUCAAAAGAUUCUUCUGUUAGCAACCUGUGAUACUGACCUGCAACUCUAGGCACCAGUAAAGUCAGCCCUCAACUCCCCCUACCUAUUCUCCCCCAACAAAAAUCAAAUUGACAUCCAGGUCUGUCUUGGCCAGGGGGCUUUCACUGGGGAAAAAAAAA